AUGGUCUCAAUAAAAACGGCGGUAUAUCACUUCCUGAAACCAUACUAUUUAUCCAAUGUAUUGUUGAGUUUGGCCUUUAUUCUGGCCAAGUCUUUGCCUGGAAUUAAUGAAUUGAUCUUUGGCAAGGCGCAAGGUGAACUGGAUCACGUAAGCAUUGGUUUUCAUAUACUAAAUCGUUUAGCGUUCAACAGAGAUCUUGAUGUUCUUGGGAGUGAUUGUUGUGUGGAAAAACAGGAAGGCCACCAAUUGGAUGCACUAUUUGAAUACAGUAUUCACAUUUUCUAAGCUCACCAAUUCCUAUUUAUUCUACCGGGAGAAUCCUCUUGUAGCUAUUGUAUACUCAGUUAUUGUUAUUUGUAAGUUUUUAUUACUUGCUAGGGUUGUUAAGCCGUUGACUGACGCGUCAGUCACGUUGUCAAAGGGAUGAAAUUAAUAUUAGCGGUAUUCAUCAGAAUCUAUGUUAAACUCGCGUGUGAAGGCUUUUUCUUUCAAUUUAGCCAAAAUGACGGAAAUUUAACGCAAUUUGACGUCAUUUUGGAAAAAUCUGUCAAAUUAAGCCCUAUUACUUGCCGUCUUAUAUUCUCCAAGCUAACAAAAUAUUUUUUUAUUUUCAGUGCAAUGGUUCUUCAUGGGCGAGCCAAUGAUGGUGGAAUCAGCCAAUGUGAAAAACUUUAUAGGCGCGCAACUUCAUGUAAGCAAUCUAAAGAUUUUUUGAUUAUUUUAUGUUCUGUUAAGGACGCCAUAAAUGCAGAUCUAAGUGUAGUCUGGGUUGUCCAGUUCUACAGCGCCUGGUCGACUGAAUGCAAAUAUCUUACCCCAGUGUUCUCUUCACUGGCUGACAGGUAAGACAUUACUAAUUUAAUUAUUAUAAUACGAUUAAAUGUCAGGUAUGCGCUGCCUAAUCUCCGUUUCGCAAAAUUAGACGUAGGAAGAUAUACAAAGGAAGGAGAAAGGUUCAGAAUCAACACCCAUGCCCUCAGCAAGCAACUCCCAUCAAUCUCUGUAAUUAAAAAUGGCCAACAAGUCAUCAGAAGACCUGUGAUCGGGGAAAAUAAAAGGGCAAUACCAUUCAAAUUCACUGAAGAAAGUUGCAUUAGAGAGUUCGAAUUGAACGAACUUUUUAAGGAAUGUAAGGAGAAGAAGGUAAAGAAGCAGGACAAGAAGGAACAGUGA